AUGUCGACAUCAGUUCCAAUCAUUCUCGAGCGCAUCACGUCGGCCGGCAAGGCUUUUGAAAGCAACGAAGUUGGUUCACGGGAAAACUUAAUCGACCUUGCCAGAGACCUCAUAGCAAGUCUCGAGAUUCCGAGUGAAUUCCUACAAAGAAGUUUUUGGGCGGAGCCUGCAUUAUCUGCACAUUGCAAGAUUGCCGUUGAAGUCAAGCUCUUCCAACAUCUCAAGGAUGCAGGCGAAGCUGGCCUCAGCGCCGAUGAUCUUGCACGGAAAACAGGCGUUGAGUCGACUUUGCUACGACGGAUCAUGCGUCACCUGAUUGCCACGAAGGUUGUUGCCUUCUCUAAUGACCGUUUCCUCGGGUCAAACCUCAGCGAUGGGCUUGCAGCAGAGAACUACCAAAAAAGUAUCGACUUCUGCUAUGAUGUUGCACGGCCAUCAUUCAAUCGCUUUCCCGACUUCUUUAAGACUACGGACUACAAGUCACCGGCCUCGCCUACGGAUGGGCCUUUCCAAAUGGCGCAUGGAACGCAGCUGCCAUUCUUUCCAUGGCUGGAGGCUACACCACCCCAUCUAGAUGAGUUCGGUAACUUCAUGUCAGCGUACCGGGCUGGUAAGGCGAACUGGUUCGAUCCAGGUUUUUAUCCAGUCGCCGACCGACUGAUCGAAGGCUUCAAUCCUGCCAACAACGAAGUGUUGCUGGUAGAUGUAGGUGGUGGCCGGGGACAUGAUGUCCAGCAAUUCGUGGCGCAGUACAAGGCACAGCCUUCCCAGGCUGUGCUCCAGGACCUAGAACCUGUCAUCGCUAGUAUCCAGGAUAAGGACAAACUGCCAUUCGACAGCACGGUUCACGAUUUCUUCACCCGGCAACCAAUCAAGGCCGCAAGGGCAUAUGCACUCCAUUCUAUACUACACGAUUGGAGUGACGAGGAAGGAAUCAACAUCCUCGAGAACUUGAAACCUGCACUCAAGCCUGGGUACUCGCGGGUGUUGCUGAACGAGAUCGUGUUGUCGGAAGAGAAGCCCACUAUUGCUGCCACAUCGAUGGACAUGAUGAUGUUAGCACAUCUCUCUGUACAUGAGAGAACUGAAUCGGAUUGGAGAAGGAUACUGCAAAAGGCCGGAUUAGAAUGUCUACAUGUAUAUAGCUACCCAGGCGUUGCAGAGAGCGUUAUAGAAGUAGAACUAAAACAGUAG